AUGGCGAUGAACAUUGAUUCCAAGACCGCAAUUGUCACGGGAGGUGGUUCCGGCAUCAAUUUUUGUUUUGCAGAGCUUCUGCUCAGUAGAGGAUGCAAUGUGGUCAUUGGAGAUCUAACUUUACGCCCCGAAGCACAAGAAUUGAUUUCGAAAUAUUCCGCAUCCUCAAAUGGAGCGAGAGCCGUAUUUCAGCAAACCGAUGUGACGGAAUGGGCCCAGUUGGACAAAAUGUUCGAGGUGGCAACUGAACAGUUUGGUGGUGCAGAUAUUGUGUGCCCGGGUGCUGGCAUCUUCGAGCCGCCAUUUUCGAAUUUCUGGUUCCCUCCCAAUAGCCCUCCCUCAGUCGACAAAACAUCCGAAUCGAGAUAUAAACUUCUUGAUAUCAACAUUACGCAUCCGAUACGGGCAACGCAAAUGGCUAUUGAGCACUUCAUGAAGCGAAAGAAGCCUGGGGUCGUCAUUCAUAUAUCCAGUGUUGCUGGCCAGUUUCCAUUCUUUCAAACGCCGAUGUAUGUCGCUUCAAAACAUGCCAUAUCAGGGUUCGUUCGUUCAUUGGCGCGGUUGGAAUUCCCUACUCCAGACAUUCCCAAAAUACGUGUUAGUGCGGUUGCGCCUGGUAUCAUCAAGACUCCAUUAUGGACCGAGAAUCCUGAAAAGAUGGCAUUUCUCCCCGAAGAUGACCUGGAUAAUUCACUUUGGGUAACCCCUGAAUUUGUUGCCAAAGCAAUGCUAGAACUUAUCGAGAGUGAAGAGCACCUUGGAGGAACAAUUCUAGAAGUUGGAAAGGUGCUUAGGAAAGUAGAAGUCUGCAAUGAUCCUGGACCAUCAAAAGAAUCGACGGCGGUUGGACAUGUAGAUCGUGAGAUUCUGGAAGCUGACGUAUGGGCAUCUUUGGAGAUGCAAUACCGGGACUAG